AUGAAUUCAAGAGAGCAUUCAGAGAUGCCGCCGGCCCCAUCAUAUCCUUCCCCCAACGCUACACAGAUUGCCCAAGGCACCGUGUCUUACUACGCCAACCAGCGCCAUUUGACUGCCGAUGAGCUUCAUCUGUCGGCUGAACUAUCCCGUGAGGUAGCUGGGGCGAAUGUAAACGACGGUAGUGCUGCUUCCGUAGCUGCUGCAGCCACUGCGGCGGCCGCUGCGGCGAACGGACUCCCCCAUAGCCAAGGAAUGGUGCUGGGCUCAUCUGGUCCAAAUGCAGAUCGUGCGGUAGCAGUAGACCAGCAGCAGGUUCAGCAACAGCAGCAACGGCAGCAGCAGCAGCAGGAUCACCAGGUACCGCAACCUUCUCAGGGACAGCAGCAUAUGCUUCAGUUUCCGUCUACUCAGCAGUCUGGGGUCGAUCCUAAUCAUGAUCUGAGUUAUGGGGACCAGAGUGCGCGCCGGAAACGCUCAAAGGUCUCUCGUGCGUGCGAUGAGUGUCGUAGGAAAAAGGUUCGAUGUGAUGCAACCUCUGAAGCUGGGGUCGAGACAUGUUCGAACUGUCGCCGUACUGGUGCUACUUGCGAGUUUAGCCGGGUUCCGAUGAAACGAGGCCCAAGUAAAGGCUAUAUCAAGGAGUUGGCAGACCGUAUCAACAGCCUUGAAACUCAAAUGCAACCGCCAUUACAGCCGGGGGAGAUGCACUAUCAGCAGAUGAAUGAGGAUGGCUCAGCAGCUCGAGGUUAUCAAGACUUCUCUCCAUCCAUGGACAACCAGGGUCUUACCAGAAAAAGAACGCUAUCAAUGUCUGAAGGCCUUCCUAACGCAUUUAUGCAAGCUCCAUUCAUCCAAGGAGCUCGGCCAACGUCAGUGGGCGGCUGGCCCGCACAAACACCAACGAAGGAUGCUACCCAUGCAGCCGAUCUUGCAGCUUUGGAAGAAUACCCUAACUCUUCUGCACAAAAUGGAAAUGCAAAGGUAAUGCAGCCUUUCUGGACCCAAGAACUACCAGACUCUGCACAACAACCAGCAAUCAACCCAGAAAAACUGGAGUCACUCCCUCCACCUGUGGAAGUUGACGAGCAAGUUCUUAAUGCUUACUACCAGCAUAUCCAUCCUAUCUUCCCAAUUCUACCAACCUCCCGGGACCUUCUGUCCCAGUACCUCAAGUCAGCCAGUCGUCAGAUUCAAGAAUCUUUCUUGCAUUCGUUAUUCGCUGUCACAGGUGCCAAUCUGUCGAGAGCCGAAAACUUACUGCAAGAAAUCCCAGCCUUCCAGAAAGCACAAGAUUACCUGACAGAAACCCUGCGUGAAGACCCACGCACCCGACCCCAGGCAGUUAACUUUGUCCUUCUUUUCACCUUUAUGUUAUUGAUCAUCGACGCCGAUUCCAGGGGCCCGGAAAACGUUCAAGGCCAGAAUGGCAUUAAUAAGACAGUGCUUGUCGAUGCUGCUUUCCCUAUUGCACACCAUCUCGCGAGGUCAUAUGACCAAAUUGACAGCUGCAAUGUGAACGAUAGAGACGUCGAUUCUGAUGGCAACCUUGCAAGGAAGAACUGGACUGUCUUGAUGAUUUUGGCACGCUGGCACACUCUAAGUGUAGCAAGUCGCGAUGUAUUUGGUGUCUGUGAGACAGCCACGCCUGAUGAUCGUGGUAUUUUCAGUUUUGCUUCUCUACAGCUUGCUCGUUAUUCGACAUCAAUCUCCGAAAUUAACGAAGUCUUCUUCGAUAACUCUGUUCAUCCAUCAUUUGGACGAAUGAACAGCCAUUCCGUCCGCCGUCUCUUGUAUGGCCAACUUAAACGUCUUAAAGAUAUUGAGUCCUGGCAUGAAACUACCGAAGAUAAUGAAAUGAGCACACUCUAUUCCGAAUCUAUCUGCCCACUUCUAUUUUGGUCCCUUACCCUCAUCUUGAAGAGGCAGCUCUACACUUCCGUUCCUGCAGAAGUGCUGUAUCCUGCCGAAGUGAUACUCGAACUUCUCCAGCAACACUCUGACCCUGCCAAAUUUAUUGCAUCACCAUUCCAUCACCAUGCGAUGGCUCUCGCCGUCAUGACAUUGUUGGAGGUCACGGAUCUCCCAGAGCUGGCAACAGAUGCAUGGAUCUCGCUAGACAAGGCACUACAUAUUCUCAAUCAACGGGAGAAACACGCCUCGACGGCUGAUGAAUUCGGGAAUAUCUUCGCCAACAGGUCAUGGGGAGAGUGUUUCCGUGCGAUGAUAGAAGUGAAGGUUGCUUCCUUCCGACCAAACCAACAGGGAGGCGGCCCCGUAGGCCCCAACGAGCAACGUUCCCUAGAGCACCUAGCGGAUCUGGCUGUCGGAGCUGGUGGUGCGGCUGCUGUUGCUGGAGGAAGCUCAGAAGCUCAAGCAACGCGUGCUGGGGCCACAGCAACCGAGGAUGCCACGAGCAGCAGCCAGGCAAAUGUCGCUGCGGACGCGAGCACAGGCCAGAAAGACAAGGCAGAUUUACGCGUCUAUGUCGAUUUCACCCAACUGACUAAGAGAGGAUAUCUGAAUGUCUUCGCCGGAUUGUAA